AUGGAGCCGACAGCCCAGGAACAGACCGAGAAACACUUCAGCUACGUCAUCAGAGCUCCCAGCAGCGAUGGCUUUGAUGUGAUGAACGUGGAUGUGAAGAUUGACACGUGCUGGGUGUUCCGAGAUGUGGAGGAGAGUGAUGACAAUGAGCAGGGAUGCCUUCCAGAAGCAGCUAGCAGGCCAGACUUGGACACGGGGCUUCUCAGGGAGCAGCUGGAAUCCUCAGAGCGGAAGCUGUUGGCAGCUGUGGACAAACAUGUGAUGUCAGAGUCAGGGCUGAGGAGCAGGGUCCAGGAGCUGGAGCAGUCGGAGAGGAAGCUUCUCCUGAAGGUAGAACAGCUGAGUGCCUGCGUGGCCCAGGAAAGACGUGCCUCACUCUACGCCCAGGAGCAGCUACGGGCGCUGCAGGGGGAACUGGUCAGCCAGGUGCGGGAGGCGGAGAGCGCGGCCAGACAGCAGCGGCGGCUGCAGGAGCGGCUGCGGCACAAGGACGAGGCUCUGGCAAGGCAGGCGGCAGCCCUGGAGCGCUGUGGGUGGGCGCAGCAGCUACAGCUGGGCCUGGUGCGGGAGCAGGAGCGCGUUCUGCGGGCGCAGGUGCAGCGGCUGGAGCGCGACGUGCGGCGCCUGGGCCGCGCUGCCGGCCUCCUGCUGGCACAGCUGCAUGCCCCGGACCCGUUACCCAGUGCGGGCAGCCCCCAGCCGCAGAUCCUGGCCGGUCCCCUAGGCGUUCCCGAGGCCACAGAGCUGAGCGCACUGCGGGCCAGGGCGGAGCGCGCGGAGCGGGAGUGGGCGGAGGCGGCGCGCAGGCUGCGGGAGCACAGCGCCACCGAGCGGCAGCUGCGGGAACAGCUGGAGGAACUGCGUUGCUGCGUGUAUGGGCUGACGCUGUCGGAGAUAGGUCUGCAAAGUCAGGUGGAGGAGCUCGCCCAGCAAAACAGGCGCCUGCGGGCCAAGCUGGGGUGCGGUAGCCUGGGUGCCUUGGGCUGUGCACAGAGUGAUUCUCUGCCCUCGCCCAGAGCAAAGGUGCUGGAUCCUUGCAGCAUCCAAGGCUGCCACAGCGAUGCUUGUGGACUUCAAACCCCAGCAGGCCAGCUCUCAGAAGAGCCCCACAGCUGUAUUGGAGAUAGACCAGCCCCCUGCUUGGUGGUGCCAGCAAGGACCACAGACAAGCUCCAGGGAGACCUGCCAGGGUCUGAGCGUAGACAGGGUGCUCUUGUCCAGCCCCGUCUAGAUGGACAGACUCUUGGGCUGCUGUGUAGCUGCCUCCCAGCGCCAGGCAUGGAUGAGCCACUCUGCUCCUUGGAGCCGGCAGGAGUUUCAGAGAGUCUUCGAGCUGCUGGAGCCCAGGAACCCCUUCUGUUGUUACCCACAUCCACGCUCCCCCUCUGGGGACCUGCUGGGGAACCACAGCUCCUCCUAUCACUUCUGCUUCCGGAUGACCUCCUACAAGAACUUCAGACCCAAGAAGAGCUGGAUAGCAAGCCCUCACCUGCCCCUGGGGCUGUGGCACCCCCUGGCUGGCCUUGUGAUCUGGCAAGGAGCCAUGUCACCUCCCUCAUCCGGGAGUCCCCACUCAUUUCAAAUAGCCCAUUUCCCACAAAAGGGUCCAAGGAGCCCAGAGGCAUGUGGGAAGAGAGCAGUGGACCUCCAGUUGCAAGUGCAGAGAAGUGGGAGGUGACGGGAACCUUGGGAAUGAUAAAAUCAGAGCUUGAGGUCAAGGCCCUGCUGGACCAGGAAAGCAGUGGGAAGCUGAUCUUGGACACGGAGGUCCAAGCCCCAGAGGGCAUGCAGGAAGGGAGCAGGGCUUCAGAGACCCAGCCCGUGGCCCACUGUCCUCGCCUCCGGCCAGAAUGUCUCAUACCGACUCUGCAUGGAACAACCUCUAGGCCACAGGAGGGUCCUGAUUCCUUGAGAAAGAGAGGGAGUGUGGAAGGAUGUAGCUGGGAACUCUUGGGAAAACUGUUAUCAGAGAAGGAGGAAGAGGCCACAAGUUCCAGGGCCCAUGAGACCAGAGAGCCAGAGCCAAAUGGUAGCCAGCUUCCAUCAGGUAAUGGCAAAGAGGUCCAGAGGAGGGCACAGGGCAAGCAGGACCACCAGCUGUGCUUGGAAGACAUUCAUCUGCAGAAGGGGAGGUCUGGGGAUGAAGACCAAGAGGAGAAGAUGCAGCUCCCAGGGGCACCCAGCCCAACUUCUUUGGGAGUCCCUGAGCAGCCUGACGUCAUGGCCCAUGUGGGUCAGGAACAGCGCCUACCAAUGGGUGAUCAAGAUUGGCUGCUGUUUCCCAAAUGGGCCCCAGCAGGUGCCAGCAGUGAAGGUCCUUGCCCCUCACAGGCUUUGGUCACAGGACAGGACAGGUGCACCCUGCAGAUAGACACACUGGAGAGGGAGAGGGAGGCCUGCUUCCAGCCGCUGAACAACCUGAAGCUUGUCUGUGGAGAUCCCCAGCAGAUGUCAGCAUUGAUGAAAGAGAGCCAGAGUGUCACUCAUACAUGGUUGGAUGUUGAAGGGGAUGUGUGCCUUCAGCAGGCAUCAGGUAGCCAGGAUCUGAAUGCAAAAUCCAGCAGGAAUGGUGAGGGAGGGAGGCGGGAAGAGGAUGUGGCCCUAUGCACUGGAGAUGUUCCUCCAGGAGCAGCACUCGAUGGGGAAAAAGCCAACUGGGGCCCUGCAGAGCUGGGUGGGAUCCCACUCCCCACAACAUGGUAUACCCUUAAGAGGGCGGGGAGCAGGUCCCAUCAGCUCCUUGCCACCCCAAAGGAAGAGAGAAGUCAGGUUUUGCUUGAUCAUGCCAGGCUUCGGGGAGCCCAAGAAGGAUGUCACCAUGAAGGAUGCCAUUGUGAAGAAGAGCUGGCCAGAGAAGCAGCCAAGGCACUGAGGCUGGAGCAGGCGAACCACACACUGCAGGGAGAGCUGGUCCACCUCAGGCGUGAGCUGGACCAGUGUCUGCAGGCUGUGUCUGACCUGGAGGACUGUAAUGGGAAGAGUUACUGCAAGAUUUCCCAGCUGGAAGAGGAAAAUGAGAAACUGAAGGGGGACCUGGGCCGGCUGCACAAAGCCAUGUCCCAGAGUGUCAGGAAAGCUGGCAGCAAGAUGAAGGACGCCACCCAGGAAAACAGAGAGCUCAGGGCUCUGAUCUCAGAGCUCGGAGUCAGUUACAAAGGGCUGAUAAAGGACACAGUGCUAGGGAUAGAAGACAUGGUCUGGGCUCUGCAGGGCGAGAACAAGCACCUUGUAGGCAGAGUUCAAGGCCUGGAGCGGGAGGUCCUGCAGAGGAGCAGGGAUCCAGGGGAAGAAAAGCGGUGUUCCCAGGGAAACUCCAAGAUGGCAGGAGACAAGGGACACACUGAAGACAAAGAGGUCCAGGUGACUCCAUUUUCAGGACAACUGAUCACAAGAGCCUGUGGGCCACCCUGGGAUGAGAAAUUAGGUGUGACUUGGGGUCAGGCAGGACCUUCCUUAGAUUUGGAAGAUACCAGAUGCAGGGCUCUUGCUAGUUCCACCCCAUCAGUCUGCGCAGUCACUUCAGGGCCUCAGGAAGCACACACCAACGGGACAAGGGGAGACGGAGCUCGGCUGCAAAAAGAACAGGAGACACCACGGUGUUCCAUGCAACCAGGACAGUCUCAGGGGUCCCUGAGCAGAAGCCUUCAGCUCCAGACCUCCAAGACCGAUGCCCCCGAGGAAGACCCCAAACUGUGCGUACAGCGGCUCCACCACCAGGUGCGGACUCUACAGUGCCAGCUCAGGGACCAGGGCUGGGCACUGCGGGAGUUGCAGGCGGCUCGGGAUGAGGCUGUGAGCCUCCAGGAGAAGCUCCAGGGCAAGCUUGAGGAGCUCCGGGAACAGCAGCGUGAAGCGCGCCUGGCCACAAGUCCCCUGAAGGCCAAGCUGGCUUCCCUGGUCCACAAGUGCCAGGAGAGGAACCGCCUGAUUGAGCAGCUACUUCGGGAGCUGCCAAGACAAGAGCCCAAGAACCACCUGCUCUGCGAGCUGGCGCAGAACAUGCUGGAUGACGUGGCACUGGCUGAGUAUACCGCCACCUUCCUGACCCCAGGAGCCCCAGAGACAGUCUGCCACCUGGAUAGAGGCUCCAAGGGGAUGACAGCUGGAGGAGGAGCUCAAGAGUACCUGCUUAAUUCUGAAACAGACAGUAUUCUUCAAAGCCUGUGGGGUAUGGAGUCCUGGUCCCUUCCAGAGGCUGAGUGGGCAUCGCAGACUGUUCCACUCAGUUCCCCAAAGGAAAGAAGACAGCGCCAUCAGGCACAUCACACUGGAAAAGAUGAAUGGCUGUCCCAGAUGACCAGUGGAACAGAGGUGGCCCUGUGAUUUAUGGUCCUUUCAAGAGCUGAGUUACAAGCUGCGUCACCACCCCCUACCCCAGUCAUCGUGAGGGGAUGUUUCUGUCUGCACAAGACCAGUGAGAGCCCCAGAAGCCCUCAGAAUUGCCAUGGAGCAAUGGCAGGAUCCUGGGAUUUGGGGUUCCCAGGCUGGCUGUGUCAUUUGCACAAAUGGCUUCACUUUUUCAAUGUCUCCUUCUUAGCCUGCUUGGGAGUCUUUCUGUCUAUCUGACAGUCAUGUAUGAUGGUACCAAAGCUGGCAAGUCACCCUGACACUUCAGCAUGGUGACUCCUGUUUUGGAGCAACUUGGUGUUUGUGAACUAUCUUCUGCUCACCUCCCUGACGUCAUUCAGGACUUGCUGCCUCGAAGCACACACAGUAUCACUGAUGUCUCUCCCACCUGCCGUGGGUGACAGAGCCCACAGGGGAUGGUUGUAAGGUGACCUUGGUGAUGAUCUGGACAUCAUGGAGGUUCUACAGAGUCCCAGGCUGAAUGGAGGUCUCGCCCGUCCCGGGAAUUGUCUAGGGAGAGACCCCCAGCUGUCAUCAGGUUCUCAAAGGAAACAGACUCAGUAUCAAGCACCCUAGUCUAGUAAGGAGAGAACUCCACAGGGGAUCCAGACAUCUGACUCUGGUCCUACCUUGCUGGUGACCCUUAGGCUAUCCUUGGCCUCCAGGGGCCUCGGGUCCUCAUUUUUGUAGCGGAUGCACCCACAGGCUUUCCAGUUCACUGGCAGCUGUAGCAGUGCCCAGUCUGCAGUCCAUCCUGGCAUCAUGGCUCAGUCCCUCCUGGUUAUGAGCUCCUGUUGCUGGUUUCUCCUAAGGAUCAGGUUCUGGCUACUGAGAGACUCCAGGUAGCCUCCCUGCUUCCAGGAGGAGGGAAGAGAGCUGCUUAUCCAAGCACAGGCCACUUCUAACAACUGUGUCCUCCACUUGUCCCCUAGGUAGUCACAGCAUCCCAAGCAAGCAACCCAUACCAAUGCCUUGUCCUGUUUCUGUGUCCUCAUCUAGGGACUUCGCUUCCUUGUGUGGGUGGGGCAUUUCCCUCCAAGUUCAAAGGUGGUGGGGCUGGCUCGUUCUGGCAGAUGGGUACCCAACAGGACCAUUUGAGAUCUAAGCAACCCCAGGAGAAACAGGACAACCAAGAUUAGUCUUGGAUAAUCCUCCAGGAGCAGCUCCUGGCCUUGCUGCUGUGUGUCCAAGUAGGUGGUAGGAGAUGGGUAGAUUCAGCAAGGGUAUCUUGGGCUUGGGAAGAACCUGGGGCUUUAGUCAGUGAGGGAGGAGUAGCAGAGAGGUGUCAUAACCUAUGUGCUCAAACAGAGACUCUAGCUCACAGCAGACACAGGCUACUCUCGGAGGGUCUGGUCAAAAACACGUCUCUGUGACUUGUGAUUUUGAUUAGGUGGAAGGUACAGAGUAUAAACUUAGUGUCUUGACCAUCUCAACCAUCCAGGUCACUGCUCAUCCACACACUCAGUGCUCUGAAGCCAUCACCUUUAUAGUCUCCAGAGCUCUUCUGUCAUCUCAACUGAAACCCUAUGUCUGUUACACACUAGCUCCUUUUCCUCUUUUCCCAGACCCCGGCAACCCCAUUUCUCCCCUGACUACAUGUCUCUCUUGUCUGAUUGCCCUAGGGAUCUCAUUUAAUAUGUAUCCUGUGACUAGCUUCUUGGAUUCCAUAUGACAUGUUCAGAGUCUGUCCAUGCUAAGUUAUGCUAAGUUACGUAUUGACAACAUUGUUUGUCCUCUUACCCAGCAGUGACGCUUGGAUUUCUGCUACCUUUUGAAUGUAGUGAGUGAUGGUGCUGUGAAGAUGAGCACGCACAUAUGCUGAUAUACACAUAUAUACAUAUAUAAAUUUGGAAUUAGUAACAUUUAAAACCCAAGACUUUUCCUAGGAAGUCAGGACAUUUGAAUUUUCCAGGAAACUGUGGGAUCUGGCCACUUCGCUCCCUUAACCCCUUGUCUUCUUGACCACCAUGGGAGCUGUAUGAGGUUGCUCUGCUGUUCUCCAGUGGCAAGCACCUGUCCUGGUGCCUUGGGAAUAGCCUAUUCUCAACCCACUGCAAAGGCCAGCUGGCCGCCACCUUACUGUGAUUCAGUGGAGGUCCCUCAUCACUGUACAUGUUAGUGGCAGUGUAGAUAUCAGAAAGGGUCAGAGCCUCAGUCUGUGCCCCAGGCAGGGAGUGAUGCUACCAUGCUCCCUGGGACAUACUAGACCCCAUACUGCCCAUCCCCCCAGGGCAAAGCCCUGAGCUACCUGAGUCUCAAUUCUGUCUGGUGAGGGAACAUUGGAGGAAGAGUCCUUUCUCUGGCAGCCCGGAGGAGCAGAGACAGAGGUUGAAGUGUUUAGCGACGGAAGUGCACUUGGAAAGUGCUAAUAACAGCUCAGGCCCAGCCUGGAAGCUGGGUGUGCAUGGACGGGGACUCCUUCUCUGUGUUGUAAAGUCGGAAAGGAGGCUUGCACACCCUAGGUCUACUCCCAGGACCCAUGAGGCCUGUGGGAAAUGACUUGACUUAUACCAGGUACUCCAUAUUUGUUGCUUUCCAGUCAGUGAGGCCACAUCUGAGUCUCCCAAUCAUUUUCCCCAGAAAGAGCCACGAAGUCUAGAGAGCACCCUGGCUUUGAAUUUGCCUGCCUGAUUUCAAACCAGCCUGUAAUGGGCAUCCUCCUGGUCAUCUGCAUAGUCUUCUCAGUACCAGGAGGAUAGAAUUAGAAGUUCUAUCCUCUAUCUUGGCUCAUAGUUCAAGAUCAGCAAAGCCUGUGCUAGGCAUGGUGGCACAUAUCUUUAUCCUGGCAUUUGAGAGGUAGAGGCAUGUGGAUCUCUGUUAGUCUGAAGUGAGUUCUAGACCAGCCAGGGCUAUACAAUGAGACCUUCUCUCUAAAAUACAGUUCUCCCAAUACUUCUUCCACAACGAAGAGUGCACAGUACAGGUGGCCUUUGGUUCCUGUUGGUUCACUCCAGAACUCACAGGCACUUGAUGCUGUGACUUAAUGCUUUCCACAUAUUAUUUAUUCAUCCAACCAAUAGCAUUGACAAAGAGCCAAGCUAACCCUGGGUUCCUGCAGCAGGAGUCCACUGCGGCCAGCCUUCAGUGGUUCUGCUGCAUGCUCCUUUUGAAUAGUCCUUCUCCCUGGCUUUGCCUUUAAGUCACAUCCAUGGCUGGAUGGGGGGCUUCUUUUCUUCCUGGGCCAAGUUCUUGGUGGUCUGAUUGUCCUGGUGUCCCACUGGUCUCUCUUCCCGCUCAACAAUGAUGCUAUUUCUUCCUCCUUUCCAAAGCCUGGAUGGAGACAUAUGAGGCACCCCCUAACUGGAGGUACCCUUGGACCACACAUGGGGGAUCCUUUGAGGUCAGACGUGGACCCAGCAGAGCCCAGCCUCUUCCCCUUUGGGCUUUGGAUGAAAUGGGACACAGAUGGAAAAGCCUUUUGUCAACUUACAUUCUGUGGAAAUAGACCAGAUUGGUGCUGCUUGACUUUCAUGUGCUAGCUAGAAGACAGAGACCACCUGGCAGAGGAGGGACAAAAGAGAUUUAAAGCCAGAGCAACAAGGCUGCAGUGAGCAGUCUGAAGCUCUGACACUGAAGAUACAUGCUACCCUAUUUCCUCACCUGGCAGUCUGGGUUCUAACACACCCACCCACACCAGCAUCUGCUGGGGGGCACCGAUGAGCAGGCUGUGUAGGGAAAGCACUUUGCAGGCUAGAACACAGUACAGACACUUUGUUCAGGUCAUUACUUUGGUAUGCGUUUAUGGUGUACCUACUGUGUGCGUUGUAAGCAUGAUCUGUCUGCCUGGAGAUGAUUUGGAAAAUGUCCCUGGACUGAGAAGGAUUGCCUGUCAGAUGGCUGUACUACACAUUCAUAGAUUAUGACUAACAACAGCCAGAGAGUUGGCAUGGCAACGUUUUCCCCUGAACUGCGAGGCAGUAUGCUUAAAAUAGGUACGCUGGAGGUGUGGCAGCAGCCGAGACGCAUAGCUCUGCAGCCUGAAAUGGGUGGCAGGCUCAGGGUGGUCAUGUCCUUGUCCUUUCCCAGCAGGUCAGCGGUGUAGGGAUUGAGAUGGUAGACCCAGAUACAGCCACCGUGGAAGCCAGAGAAAGAAUAGGACUCACUAUAAACACCCUUCCUCCUGAAGCCCAGACUACUUAAAGUGGAACACUAUUGUCAAAGGGACCCCAGAUGGGACUGAACCUGGUUCUGAUCUCUUGUGGACUACUGUCCAGCAGUGCCAGAGUGCAGCUGCUUCUGAUCGAAGAUGCAAUUGAUAUUCUUGUGGUUUUCAAUGUGAAUGGCAUCAUUUAACACUGAGUCUGAGUUCGAGUCCUCCUUUUCUGUGGAGUUCAUGUGUGGGAUCCUCCUUGGGAAGUCCAGAGUCCUGAAAUAGCUUGGAACUCUUACUUUUGGGCUGGUCUUGCAUGACUGAGGUUUGAAUUGGCCUCUCCCUACCUCCCUAGUGUUCAGAUCAGCAGAACUGAUCAGAAGUUCAUGAAUCAUGAUGUUGAAGAUGUAGCUCAGCUGGUAGAGUGCUUGGCAAGCAUGUGUGAGGCCCUGGGUCCCAUCCCCAGCAUCAUAUACACUGGUUGUGCUGGUGAAUUUCUGUGAUCCCAGCAUUUGGGGUGGGGGUGGGGGCAGGAGGACCAGAAGUUCAGCUUACCUUCUGCUACAUAGCAAGUUUGAGGCCAGCCUGAGGAACACAGGUACUCAAAAACAAAGCAAAAGAAACCACGAGUUGAGCAGUGUGUGUUGUUACAUGCUGUAAUCCUUGCACCUAGCACUGGGGAGAUGGAGAUAGGAGGAUCUAGAGUUCAAGGCUAGCUUGAGUUAUGUGAAACUGUCUUAUCAAAAUGUUCACGAGCCAUUUCAUGAUGAGAUUCAUCUGUGAGUCUGGUUCCCCAUCACUGCAGAGGAUGAGGACCCAGGUCUCACACAAGAGUGCCCUGUACUCCCUCUGCUCAGCAGAUAGUUGAGUGAAGUGUGUCAUUUCAGGAGCUUUUUCUCCUAUAAGCUCUGAGCUGCUUGAAAGAGAUUCAUGGCUUGUGUUUGAUUCCAAGUGGAGGGUCUAGAAGGUGAAACUGGGAGAGGCAGCUGGGGAGAUAACUAUCCACUUUCAGACAGUGGACCCAAAGUCUCUUCCCCCUGUCCUUCCCUGCACUAAGUUCCCAGAUGACGCUGUGGGCUUCCCCUGGGCUCUAUUGUAUUGAUUUUUACUCUCCACUGGGAAAGAACUGUGCAGGUAGGAAGUUCCCAUCUUUGGAAUAUUUGUGACCACAAGGCAGUUUGGUAACUUGACUGCUGAGGCUCCUUCUGAAGCCAGAACACACAGCAAAAGAUGGCCUUCACUUCCCUGUGACAAGCCCUGAUGAUGAGGUCUUGGUAGCCAAUCGCUGCAGAACUAUCUGAAAAUCCAGGGGUUGAAAUGUACCUCUGGCAACUUCUUUGCAUCCUGAAUUCUUCUGGGCUAGAAGUAUCGUGAGAGGCAAAUCUACCAAUUGCUCAAUAAACAGAGUGGAUUUCUCUCCUGAAUUGGUGCCACUGGCCAAGUGUACCCCUGAUCGGUGUACGUUGAGAUUCUCUGGUGCCUUAUAGAGGCAGAGAGGGGGAAAUCCCAGGAGUUUGAUGACAUAUUUAGCUUCCUUGUCCAUGUAAUGAAAAAGUUCAUUCAUACCUUGAACCCAAGGCUGUUUGGACUAAGUCAGUGCACUGUGAGAUUGAAGGGCAGAAUUUUCUUUGUUUCAUCUGAUCUUCACUCAUGCUCUGAUUUCAUAAAUCCUGGACGCCCCGCAAUCUGACCCUGGCAUCAUGGAAAGACUGAACCCAGUCACAAGAAUAAGGCUUUCCUCAAAAGCACAGUUGUUUUUUUAAUUUUUUUUUUAUUUUGGUGGUUGCUUCUAUGACAAAGGGUGGCCUGAUGGUGUCUUUAUGUGCUGAGCAAAAGGGAAGCGAAGAAUGAAUGAGAUUGUCAAACAUGGCUGAAAACUUGAUUUCAAUUCUGUAUUGUUUUCAUUUCUGCCUGAAGUAAUACAAUGCAGUGUUUGUAAACAUGACUUUGGAGGUGGUGGGGGAAGUGGAAGCUAGGUCAAGUAUAAUUCUCACUUAGAGUCUUCACUGGGGCAAGCACAAGGCCAGCAGAGGUAGGAAGGUAAAUGAGGGGCCAGAUGCACACCCUGGGCUUGAACUCUGGCAGGGCCACCAACCAGCUGUGCAAGCUCAGACUGGCUCUCUCAGCCUCUCCAGGGCAACAGUGUGAGGGUGUGAGGGUUAGUGCAUGUUUCUGAAAACACUCAAAGAAUGUUGAUGGAUGCCAGGGACUUCUGUCACUCCCCUGAAGGCGAGCUAUCUGGAGACACCUUGAGCAAGCCAGAGCACAGGCUGCCCCCUUGACCUGGGAACUAAAGCUUAGGUUUUUCCCAGUCAGCUUUUCAUGGCCCAUGAGAGAAGCAGGUAGGAAUCAUUGGCUGGGGUGACGAAGAGAGCCCCUGGCCUUCUCAGUCCUUUGGGGCGAGAACUGGGAGGGAGCAGAAAUCACAGAACAGCUGUGAAGCGCAGUAGCACUUGGGAGAUUGUGCACAUUCCAACUAGGUCGCAGGCACACAAUAACCUUACAGCCCACUGCUGGAAUCUAAAAGGACUCUUCCAUAGCCAGCUUACCAAACCCAAGGUCAAAAUUUUGGCAGGCCCAUCAUGUCCCUCGACCAGUGAGCCACUCUGGUCCACAGGGGUGUGGUCCAGUGACAUAGAGCCCUGUCCUGUUGGGUGUUAUCCAGCAGGACCCUCACUGAGUGAUUGGCAGUGGCUGUCCCAAAAGCACCCUGCCUGCAGUGUGGUGAACAGAGUAAUUGCUCUUUGUCAGCCCUUCCCAUCACCACUCAGACCUGUGUGACUCAGGCUAAGUUGCCCCAUCAGGAUUUCUAAUGACAAUUCAGUCUUGUGUAAAUUAGAGCAGGAUAUUCUCUUGUUACCCAGACGUAUUUUUCUAUGUUAGUGAAAUGUAUACUUUGUGUAAUUUUGUACAUUAAAACAUACACUUUUUUCAUAA